AUGUACACAGUAAGCUUUAAAUGGACCUUAAUGGACCCCUUUCCUCAGCUGCCGCCUAGGUGCUCAGUCCUUCCAAGAAGUCUAAGGCCACAAUGGGGUGAGGCCCUCACAUCAUCUGGCAGCACCAGCCCCGCACUAGCCCACACUGUAGCCUCCAUCUCCGAGCUUCCCUGCACCUACUCGACUCUCAUUCUGCACAACACCAACGUGACCAUCACAGAGGAUAAGAUCAAUGCCCUCAUUAAAGCAGCUGGAGUAAAUACUGGAUCCUUUUGGCCUGGCUUGUUUGCAAAGGCCCUGACCAGUGUCAACACUGAGAGCCUCAUCUGCAAUGCAGGGGCUGGUGGACCUGCUCCAGCAGCUGGUGCUACCCCAGCAGGAGGUCCUGCCCCCUCCACCACUGCUGCCCCAGCUGAGGAGAAGAAAGUAGAAGCAAAGAAACAAAAAUCUGAGAAGUGUGAUGAUGACAUGGGCUUUGGUCUUUUUGACAAAACCUCUUUUGUAACAAGUUAA